UUGGUGGACAAACGUUCGCCUUCGCAGUGAGUUAUGCAGCAGCUAAACAGAUUCACUUUAAACGCACGCUUUGCCUUCAGCAUUUUAGCUGUAAUCGCUUGCAGUCAACUUGCAGCACUUGGCAGUGGCCAUGAAUACUUGAGAGAGAAACCGUCAUUCCUGCAGCCCUGCCAUCUGCACGAUUCAGACAAUGGCAAAUGUCUGGCGAAUGUUUUCGAAAACUUUUUCACCGAGUGGCGUCAUGGCGUGCCUGGCCUGAAAGGACUUAGUCCCAUCGAGCCGUUUCAUGUGAAGCGUGUACGCCUAUCACAGCAGACCGAAAACUUGGCCGAUAUAAAAGCCGAACUGACGAAUGUGGUGGCGCACGGCAUGAGCGGCACGCGCGUACUGAAGACRGCUGUCAACGAUAAAGACUACACAAUUGAGUUCAAAUUGAAAACGCCAUCGGUGCAUGUCGAAGGCGAUUAUCAGGUCAAUGGACGCAUAUUGAUUUUGAAUUUGGAUAGCGUUGGCAAGAUGUCCUCCACUGUUGAAAAUCUSGAAUAUCGCAUUUCUUGCAAAGCGAAUCUCAAGCAAGUCGACGGUCAGUAUUUCUUCGACUUAACUUCGGCUUCGUCGCGUAUAGAUAAGUUGGGUAAUUUCAAAAUACAUUUUACGAAUCUUUUCCAUGGCAACAAGGAUCUCGAGGAGAGCGCACACGAUCUUUUCAAUAAUAAUUGGCGUGAGAUUUUCGAAAUCAUGCGACCUGCUUUUGCACAGACAAUCAAUACGAUURUACUGAACCGUUACAAGAAGAUUUUGAGUUUUGUGCCUGCUAAYUAUUUCCUCGAUGAUUUGCCUUGAGCAUUUUAGUGCAUAAGAAUUUGCUAAAUUUAAAAAUUAGUUAUGAAUAUUUAUUUCCUUUUU